UCUCCCAAGAAAAACAACUGUUCUUCUUAGGCGUUCAGCACGCCCCACCUACUGCUACUUCUUUUGAGAGACGCAUAGAUUUCCGGGCACACAGAGAGACCAGACGUAUAAAAGAAGAGGGUCUUUAAAAAGCUCGUCCAAACAGUCCAAAUAAGGGCUGUGCCUCUACUGCUGUCAACAUUCAAUAGGUCCUGGAAGGUCCUUGUCAGGCUGUUGUGAAUAGCCAUUAUGGGGAAGUACUUGGUGGCCUGCGCGAUAGCAAUUCUCUUUAUUCUUCUGCAGACUGAUGUCAUUGUCUCUGUUUCGGGAAAAAGCUCGUCCAGUAGAAGUAGUAGAAAGCCUAGCAAGCCUUCACAUCGACCUAGCAAGCCUGUGGAACAUCAUCGACCUAGCAAACCUGUGGAACAUCGACCUAGCAAACCUGUGGAACAUCGACCUAGCAAACCUGUACAUCGACCUGGCAGACCUAUACAACAUCAGCCUAGCAAACCUGUACACAACCAACCUGUACACAAUCCUGCUGCCCCACAACACCCCCCAGUAAAUCCUGGUAAGCCCCCAAGCAAUCCUGGCAACCCUCCUCCAUUUAACCCUGCAUACCCACCACAAAACCCUGCUGUUCCCCCACGCAAUCCUGGCAACCCUCCUCCACAAAAUCCUGCAUACCCACCACAAAACCCUGGUAACCCUGUCCAUCCACCACAAAACCCUGCUUACCCUCCACAAAACCCUGGUAACCCUGUCCAUCCACCACAAAACCCAGGUUACCCUCCACAAAACCCUGGUAACCCCCCACGCAAUCCUGGCAACCCUCCUCCACAAAACCCUGCCUAUCCACCACAAAACCCUGGUAACCCUGCCUAUCCACCACAAAACCCUGGUAACCCUGCCUAUCCACCACAAAACCCUGGUAAUCCUGUCUAUCCACCACAAAACCCUGGUAAUCCUGUCUAUCCACCACAAAACCCAGGUUACCCUCCCCACAAUCCUGGCAACCCACACAAUCCUGGUUAUCCACCACAAAACCCUGGUAACCCUGUCUAUCCACCACAAAACCCACACAAUCCUGGUUAUCCACCACAAAACCCAGGUUACCCUCCCCACAAUCCUGGCAACCCACACAAUCCUGGUUAUCCACCACAAAACCCAGGUUACCCUCCCCACAAUCCUGGCAACCCACACAACCCUGGCUAUCCACAACAAAAUCCUGGCUUUCCACAAAACCCUGGUUACCCUAGGUAUGGAGAAGGAGGCAGCUGGGGCAAAUAUGACAGUAAGCCAUGGAAGCCUAAGCCACCCAAGCCCAGUAUGAAACAUAUGGCAGGAUCAGCUCUGGCGGGAGCUGCAGCAGGAGCCGUGGGGGGCUACCUCUUAGGCCGUGCCAUGUCCAAUGUCAAUUUUCACUUUAACAACCGUGAUGACGAGCGGUGGUGGUAUGAAAACCGCAACCGUUACUCCGACCAGGUUUACUACCCACAGUACAACCAGCCUGUCCCGCAGGAUAUCUUUGUGAGAGAUUGCACAAAUAUCACUGUGAGCGAGUAUACGGAGCCCAGCGGAAACCAAACGGCAGAUGAGAUGGAAACCAGGGUUGUGACGCACGUGGUGCGCGAAAUGUGCAUAGAGCAGUAUCGCACCUACUCUAGCCAUGCAGGAGGCGACUUCAGACGUCCCGGGAGUAGGCCAGAGGGGCCUAUGCCGGCCAAGCCGGAAGUGAAGCCUGUGGCGGAAGAAGCGAUAACAGGCGUUGUGGCGAAAGACCGAUUGGGCAGCUCCAUGUCUAACAUGCACCUGCAUUUCAAUGACAGCGAUGAGGAGCGAUGGUGGAGCGAAAACCACGAUCGUUUUACCAGUCCCGUUUUCUACCCAAACUACAGCCACCCUGUUACGAAGGAUGUCUUUGCGAGCAAUUGUGAGAAUGCCACCACAAACUAUUACAUAAAGCCCACCGGAAACCAAACGGCAGAUGAGGUGGAAGCCAGGGUGGUGACGCAAGUGGCGCGGGAGAUGUGCAGGGAGCUGUUCAGUGAUUUCAUCCAUCACAUGGAAAGAAGCAGAUAUGAUCAGAAGCCAGAAGUGCCGAUGCCAACCAAACUCUGGCUGAAGCAUGUUCCAGAAGCAGCUAACAUCGCCCCUGGCAGUGCCCCUGGCAGUGCCACGUCUCGCAUGUGUGACAACACUUUUGCCAAGUCUUCUGUGCUUUUGAUUAUGGUCACUUCUUUCCUGAUACCUUGAGGUUGGGCAGCCUCCUUAAGCUGCCAUUUUGUCGCUGAGACAGGAAAUGUCCAGAAGGAAAGAGAUGUGUUUAUAUAAAGGAAAUGUUUUGUGGAGAGUG